CCAUGUUGAAAGGUCUACUCUCAAUAUUGACAGUUACUUUCGUUACUUUAUUACACUUUAUUAAUACAGUUCUAGUAAUUAUUGUUAAUAAAUAAUAAACAAGUUCGAAAAACUGUUUGAUAUACACGUACCGUUUGACACAAAAGAUGAGCGAUACUUAUUUAAAGAAUGGCAGAUGUUUUCCAAAUGAAUGCUACAUUUGCAAAUCGAGAGAAAAUUUAAUAAGAUGCGAGUGCAAAAUGAUUUCCUACUGUUCAGAGGAUCAUCGACAACAACACCUAUCAAUACACAAAAAUUUUUGCAAAGUAGUAAAAGAAUUGUUGAAAGAAAAAGGAAUCACUCACAUUUAUCAAGAGCUUAUUUAUAUAUUAGAUUGGCCCGAAUGGGAUACAAAAAGAGAAAAAAUCCGGAAUGAAAUCAUAAAGAAACUGAGAGGACUGGGAAGAGCUUUAAGUCCGCUGGAAAAUUUUAUAUUUUAUUUUCCAAGAAUUUGUUUCGAUUGUCGCAAAACAAAACAAGAGGACUUAUUCGAUUGUCCACAUUGUCCAAUAGCAAGCUUUUGCUUAAACUGUAAAAAUAAUAAAACUCAUGGUGUUUAUUGUAAAGUAAUAAAUACUUAUUUAAAAGUCUUAACUACCGCCGAGGAAUUAAAUAUUGAUUUAAAAUUUCUAUCGUCUGGUUUUUUAUUUACUGGAGAAAAAGGUGAUGUUAUAGAUGAUCUUAUAAUAACAUAUGCAACAGAAGAUAUGGAAAUUACUUGCAAAGAAUCGAAAUUAUCUAAAAUUGAUCUAAUUGAUUUUAUUGACGUUGCUUCGAAAAUUAAUAACGUUUUACUAAAAACACACGACACGAUUCCAGAGGAAUUGACAAUUCAUAUCGAUGCCCUUACCUAUGAACACGCAAUCACAAAAGAAAAUUAUUGGGAAUUUCUCUUGCACCUCAAUCCGCAGAUAAAACAGUUAAAAAUAGUCUUCACUUCAACUGAAAAUGAGUCGAAUUUAAAGACUUUUCUUUGUAAAAAUUGUUAUUCAGAGGGAAAGAAUUUAAACCUGGAAAUUUUGUCAAAAUCUUACGACGAUUACAUGCUGGAUGAAAGUUAUCAAAAACCAGAUAUUCUGUUUUACGUGAAAAUCGUCGAUGAAUGUAAUUCUGAAAAAUUGAAUAAGUGGAGUGAGUUUAGUUUUCCAGUUGUUUUGCGGUUUGAAUCAAAUUCAAGAUUUUGUAAAACACUACAAUUUCUGUCGCUUUCAACAGCAAAGUUUGAAUUUAUUUACGAGGGACAAUUUAAAACACCAUUCGCUACAUUGUCGUCACUUGAAAACAAAGACUACUUUAUAAUUUUACAAUCAAAGGAAAACAAAGUCCUUCCUAAUUAUUGUGUUUCAGUCACAGGCGAAAUCUGCGAGGAAAAAAGGAGGACAAACACAAUUGAAACUGUUUUAGUUAAAAAUAUUGAUUCCGAAAUUCCGAAAUGUGAGAAUAUUGCAGAUGCUUCUAAAGUUACUGAGUCAGAACCAAAGGACAAGUGUCAUUUUAUUUCGACGGCCGUUACCAUUUCUUCCACUGAGUCAAACAAGAAUAAAAAUGAAAAUAUACAAAUUAAAACCAAGAAAAAUCCCUCUAACGAAGAAGAGGAAAAUAAAAGUACAGCAAAUGCUGAACAAAUAAAGGGACAAAAAUCCGAAGAUCGUAGAACACAUUCUCCAUCGUCAUCUGUGUGUUCAUUUGUAAUUAUUUCAGAACCCGGAGAAGAGGAGGGAGAAAAAAUCACUGAAACUUCCAAAACUGAAGAAAAUGAAAAAUUUUCAAAAUCUGUCGACAACAAAUUUCUUGAUUCAAAUGAAGAUGGAGGAAAAAAUGUGGAAGGCGAUAAUACGCAAAAGAAGAAUAUAAAAGAGCGGAAAGAAGAGGAAGGAGAAAAAGAAGAAGAUACAAAAAAUCUGGCCAGUUGUAAAAGUUUCAACAAGGACAUCAGUUUUUCUCAGUCGUAUCUACUCGAACAUAUUUCGUAUCUUAGAAACGAAAUCGAAGGCUUACGACAACAAUUAAAUCUGUCUUUCAAUGAGGUGACGAAACUGAAUACAAAACUUGAAAAAGUUUCUUUAGAUUCGCACAAAAAGGAUGAGUUUAUAAAGAAAAUGUUACGCGAUAUUGUGGGGGUCGAUUUUGAUGACAUUAAAAUUGAAUACACAGAUUCAUUGGGUGAAAACAACAUUUAAAUAGUGUUGAAGAAAUGCCUCCAUUUUUAUUUCUUUAAAAGAAAUCUUCUAGCUAUUCUUUUUUUUUUGAAUUUAAAAUUCAAUUAUUACUUUCUUAUUUUAUAUCUCCGUUUACUGUUUCAGUAAUUUAUAAAUUGAAAAAUAUUUUUAAAAAAAUGUGAUGUAUUAUAAAUACAAUUAGUUCUACUUCGGUUUAAAAGAAUGAUUUUCGAAUUUAUAUUUUUAGUUAUAACAGAAAAAUCGAACCACUGUUUUGAAUUA